CCUUCCUGGGGAACAUAAGGGGGGCGAACGGCACCUUCCGCAUCAGUGCGCGCCCCUUGUCCGGGGCGGGGGCGUCCGAGUCCCGCAGAGGCAGGGCCCCCCCGCACCGCCCCCCACCGCAGGGCCGGGGGCCGAGCCUCAGUGACGCCUCCCGGUCCCCAUUCGCUGGGUCCGCCCGCCCAGCCCUGCCCAGACUGCGGGAGCGCCGCGCCCACAGCCCGCCGGGCAGCCCCGGACAGCGCCGGCAGCCCCGCAGGCAGCGGGCAGCACCGGACAGCGCCCGCAGGUUUCCCUCCCAGAGACAGCCCCCACCAGGCACCUCUGCAGCAAGAUGAACCCCACCGUGGGCAUCGCUGUCAUCCUGACAGUCCUCCAGGCCGCCAACUGCCAGAUGAUCAAGGACCUGAGUGCCUGCCUGCUGGGCCAGAACCUGCGCGUGGACUGUCGCUAUGAGAACAAAACCGACAACCCCCUGACCUACGAGUUCAGCAUCACCAAGGACAACAGGAAGCACGUCAUCCACAGCACCAUCAGCGUCUCCGAGAACAUCUACCGGAGCCGAGCCAACGUCACCAUGCACAAGAACCUGGUGUGCCUCCACCUGCAGAGCUUCACCACCAGCGAUGAGGGCAUCUACAUGUGCGAGCUGAAGGCCACCAACGACUACACUGGCAACCAGAUAAAGAACAUCACUGUCAUCAAAGACAAACUGGAGAAAUGCGCCGGCUUCAGCCUCUUGAUCCAGAACACCUCGUGGCUCCUGCUGCUGCUCCUUUCCCUGCCUCUCCUGCAAGCCGUGGACUUCGUGUCCCUCUGAAAGGCGAAACACAGACACACACUCACAGCGCUCGCACACACACGCACGCACACACCGAGCACCCAGCCACCCCGCCUUCCUCGCAGCCCCUGGAAAGAGAAGCUGAAGCGUCUGGAAGCCGUGAAACCUCUCUGUGUUAUCUCUAUUUAGCCGUAUAUUAACGCUACCCACCAUCCUGUGCCGAGGCCCACCAUCCCACGCCCACACGCCCCGCUCCGAAGCAUGGUGGCUCUGCUAGGCAGCGUUGCUUCUCCCAUCGCGCCUCCCCGCUCCGUAGGCUGGCUGGUUUGCUUGUGCUGGGAGCACUGGAGGCCUCAGCCUCGCUUGUCCCAUCCCUUUAACUCUUGGGGUUUGCCUGUUCUCAGCUGGGGAAAGACAGCUGGAUUGGCAGGUAAGAGAGAGGGGUGAUGCGAGAGCAUGCAGAGGGUGCCCAUGGUGGGUGCUGUGCUCGUGGUGGGUGCUGUGCCUGUGGCCCUGGAGGUGACAGGGCUCUUGGUGUCCCCACCCACCCUGCCAGGUGACUUAUUCCUCACCCUGAGCUGCCACGGCUGGGAUAGGGCACAAAAUUACUCUUAUCUCAGUGAGGAGGGGAACCAUGGGAUGCUGCCGGGCCUGGCAGGCUGGGAGGAGAGAGGGGAGCAGGUCUAGGAGACACCAUGAACCCCCCCCGCCUCCUUAGGGCUCCUCUGGGGCCCUGGGAAUGGGCUCAGUGCAAAUGUGCUUCGGCAACAAGUUUUUCCUAAUCUGUUUCUUACAGCUGAGCUGGAAGUGAGGCCUCCUCCAGACACCAUCUGGUACCUUUGGGCUGCCCGAGCCAGACAUCACUUGCUCUCCCAGGGGACCAGCCCUUAGCUGUGACGAGAGAAUUGCUGCCAGCACCAGUGGAGGCAAGCAGAGCCUCUCUGAGCUAGCCACAGCCCCACUGCCCUCCCCAAGGCACUCAGAGCUGCACCCAGGCUGGCUGGUGGGGAGGGGGUUCCCCUCUGGGAGUGUGACCCCAGGGUCUCCAUAGGGACUUCCCUGCACGGGCACCUUGUCUUCCCUAAGGGAACAUCUGGGGACCCCAGUCCUUCCUCACGGAGAGGCAGAGCAGUCUUCCUCAAAUCCCACCGUGCUCCUGGGAGGAGCCUGUGUGCCCCCUCCCUUUUCCCUCCUCCCUUUCAGCAUUUCCCUGUCUCCCUUGAAGAGCAGCAAAGGACGGAAGGGCAGCCCACAAGCUCGGUAAGGCCAGGAUGGUGCCAGGGGCUGGCGAGAGCAGGGACAGGGAUGGCCAGCACAGCUCAGAUCUGCUGCCUGGAUGCCCACGGGACCCCGAGGAGCCUCACCCAGGGGAGGACACAGGGAAAGGAAGAGGCAGGCAGGAGCAUCCAGGUGCAUGGGGUGAACCCCAGCUGUGAGACCCGUGCAGCCCGGGCUGUGCCACCACGGCUGAGAGCAAUACACAGCAGCUGCUCCCCACUCCUUGCUCCUCUCCAGAGCUGCUUCCUCCCCCCGUGCCCGUCCCCUGCCCAUCCCUGCCUGCUUGCUUGCUGUCUAGUGCUGCUGAGGCCGUGCCCAGCUGAGGCCUGGCUGUGCCCAGCUCCCUGGGCGUGCUGGCGAGCGCCGGGGCAGGCGCAGAGCCCAGCGGCAGAGCGCGGACGCGGCUCGAGUCUCAUUUUUUUGUGAACAUUUGUAGUUGUUUCCACAGCUUGUCGUCAAAGAAAUUCUGUUAAGGGAAAAGGGAAAAAAAAUGGGAAAAAAGAACCCUAUGAAAAGCAACAACAACAAAAAAAAACACCUUACCAUCCAGGAGUGUUCCUCUGUCUGCACAAUAAAACCCUACCUAGGUUGUGUGUUGGA